AUGAUCGGCACGGGUCUGACUCCCGAAGGUAUCAAUCAAAAUUACGUGAUUUACGAGUUCAUGCUCGAGACGGCUUACAGAAAAGAACCGGCCAAUCUCUAUCAGUGGUUCGCCGAUUACGCGGAGCGACGCUACGGCAGGGUCGACGAUAUCAUGAGGAUAUCCUGGCAAGGGCUGGGGCUCGGAAUUUACAAUUACAGCAAUGUAAUCAAUAUCAGAGGUCACUACGUCAUAACGAAGCGUCCAAGUCUCAAUAUAAAAACUUGGUACUGGUACGACUUGCGUGAAUUUCUACUGAUCUGGGAAAACUUUGUCCUGUUCACCAACGCGACGGACGUGAACGAUUUGUACAGGCACGAUCUGGUCGACAUAACGAGACAGUCACUGCAAAUCACGGCAGACUUCAUUUACGGAGACAUCGUCAAAGCCUUCGAGGCGAAGAACGUCACGGAAUUGGCAGAGCACUCGAGUCGGCUGCUGGAGCUGUUCGACGACCUGGAGGAGAUACUGGCCUCGAGCCCGGACUUUCUUCUGGGCCGCUGGCUGGACGAGGCGAGGAAAGCCGCGCCGGACGCCUACAUGCGCGCCAAUCACGAGUUCAACGCCCGCAAUCAGAUCACGCUGUGGGGCCCCAACGGGGAGAUCGUCGACUACGCGAACAAGCAGUGGUCGGGCGUCGUGGUGGACUACUUCCGGCCGCGCUGGGCCGUCUUCCUCGAGGCGCUGCUGCGGGCCCUGCGAACCGGCGACAAGUUCUCGGCUCAGAAAGUCAAACGGCUCAUCUUCCGGGAGGUCGAGUUGCCCUUCAGCUACUCUACCAAGGAGUAUCCUACCCAGCCGAUCGGUGACAGCGAGCAGAUCGCCAUGAAAUUGUACUCCAAAUGGAAGCAGUAUUGGGAAUAAAUGCCCGAGUUCGAUCCCGAGUCCAGCUGUCGUACGCGUUAUACAUAUAUUAUAUUUGUAAAGUUAAAAACAAUUCGCAGCUUAAAAACGAUCGAGCAACGAACCGGAAAAAAAUCGCGACAGGCGCAGAGAUCGCAAGCGAUUGCAUACAAUUCUUAAUCCAAGUUCGAUCGAGCCACGAU